AUGCGGUAUUUUAAUCAUAAACAUUAGAUAAAAGAAUUGACCUCGAAUUUGAACAAGAUGAAAAGGUUAUAAUUAUAGAAAUUAAUCCUCAAAAAGUGUAAAAAGAAUUCUUUGCAUAAUUUCAGCUAUUGAAAAGAAUUAUUGUAAGAUAUCUAAAUUAUUCUCUAUAAACUUGUUUAGAAAUCUAGUACGGAAGGAAUUAAUUAUUAAUUUCAUCUCAAGACUCUAGAGUAUUAUUGGAAGAUUAAAAAAUUGUGAUGUUAAAAAACAAAUUAGAUUAAAUAGUGGAUACGUAAGGUAUAUGGAUAUAUUUGAAUAAAAAAACUUUAAAUUUGAAUAUUGGAUAUGGGGAAGCUAGUAGCUCAUUAUAUAAUGGAAUCAAUCCAAAAUAGUAUAAAAUAAAUCAAAUAAAUUACAAUAUGGUAAGAAUCGAUCCCCUUAAACUUCUUACCUUAAAUUAUAUCCAGUUAAAAAGGAGAGCUAUUCUGUUAUCUUAUAAAAAUGCUAAAAUAUUUUUGAUUUGAAUCAAGGGAAUUAAGCAAAGAAUUUAGCUUCAGAAAUAGACGAUUUAUAUUAAUAAGCAAGUUAAAUUGAAUUGCAUUAAAUAGAAUAUUUUGAAUCUAGUUAAUAAGUUUAGGGAGUAGCUAAAUUUAAUUUAGGGGACUUAAUUCAUCAUAGUGUUACAAUUGAAGGAUGCAAAUUGAUCUAAAUACUAAAAAAUAAAUAGGAAACUGCUCAAAAAAAUGGUUUAGAUCCUUUAAUGACUUACAUAAGAUUGGGAUUGGGCCAUUUUAAUAAAGAUUCUGCAGGACAUUAAUUUGUAUUAGAAAUUUGGCCAUUUAAACAUUAUUCAUCUAUUCAUGAUUAUGCAGGAUAGUAUGGAAUAGUAAAGGUUUUAUAAGAAAUAAUUAAUGUAAAAAUUUAUGCCAUUUUAUCAAAUGCCAAACAUUUGAUGAAUCCUAUAAAGUCAUUAACAUGUAAUCAGAAUGAUAUGACAUGGUUGUCACCUAAAUUAAAUUAGGUUCAUUAACUAAGUAAUAUCUAUCCAUAAACAGCAAUAACAUUAUAAUGUUAUAAAUAUUCUAAGAAAUCCUAAGAAAAAAUAAAACAGUUUGCUUAUGUUGCAAAUUAGUAAUAUAAAAACUUUAAUCCAUUAUCAGAUUUUCCAGAUAUAGAAUUGCAUACUAUUUUUAAAGAAUUAGUUGAAGAGUAUUCUAAUUUGUAUAAAAAAAAUGAUUAUUUUAAUUAUUUAAUUUAUAUCUAAUAAAAUAAAUUCAUUCUAAGAUGGAAAUCAUCUUUUUGA